AAUUGUUGUCGAAUUUAUAGUGGCAUUUGUGAUGCUGCUGACGACACUGCAGCAUCACCUUAGACGGGCCUUUUAAGUGGAGUUGGAAGGGAUCUGGAGAAUAUGCAGUUUUUCACAGUACCGAGCUCAUCGAUUGAGAAUGCUUCUGCAGAGAGGAUCGAUUGGUGACUAAUAAAAAGGUCCUCCACCUACGUCACAUUACUGGCUUCCGGUUCCGGCAUGCCAGGCGCGUGCUGCUCGAAGACAUGGCGGCUCCCUGGUGGAGGCAUUGUAGGAGGUGGAGUACAGUCUGUAUGAACAUGAGUUCAUAUGAAACAGUGUGGCAUUUUAACGGCAGAUCUGUGUCCUCCUCCGCGUUUUUGCUGGGACAGGUGUCUUGGAGCUCAAGGCCGGGGAACGAGAGGCAGCCUCCAGCAUCACCAGCACAGAGAAACCAGAGGAUGUCCAGCUUCACCUCAUCCAUCACCAGAAACAAGGCACAGAUACUGGGUCCCACACUUCAGUCCUGCUGGUGCAGAACGAUACACAGUGAUGCAAAACACAAGGAUCCCUUCACCUUAGCCCAGAGAGACCUAAAGAGUUUAUAUGAUGACAUCAAAAAGGAACUGUUUGUAUCCAGACAAGAGCUGAAGUUUCUCUGUGACUACUACUUUGAUGGCAAGGGCAAGGCAAUCCGACCAAUGAUAGUUGUCCUAAUGGCCCGGGCUCUAAACAUCCACAGCAACAGAGAUGGAGAUCUGCUCCCAGGGCAGAGGGCCAUAGCCAUGAUCUCAGAAAUGAUCCACACUGCCAGCCUGGUGCAUGAUGAUGUCAUAGAUGGAUCAGACAGACGAAGGGGAAAGAGAACCAUCAAUGAAGUGUGGGGUGAAAAAAAGGCUAUCUUGGCAGGAGAUUUCAUCCUGUCCGCCGCCUCCAUGGCUUUGGCUCGUAUCGGUAACAACAUGGUGGUGAAAGUGUUGUGCCAGGUGCUGGAGGACCUGGUGCGAGGUGAAUUCAUGCAGCUGGGUUCCAAAGAGAACGAGAACGAGAGAUUUAAACACUAUCUGGAGAAAACCUUCAAGAAGACAGCAAGUCUGAUUGCAAACAGCUGUAAAGCAGUGUCCAUUCUGGUGAAUUCGGAUCCUGAGGUUCAUGAAAUAGCCUACCAAUAUGGGAAGAAUGUGGGCAUUGCUUUCCAGCUGGUGGACGAUGUCUUGGACUUCACAUCUGUAGCCAGUCAGUUGGGGAAGCCUGCUGCUGCAGAUCUCAAACUGGGCUUGGCCACAGGACCGGUCCUCUUCGCUUGUCAGCAGUUUCCUGAGCUCCAUGCAAUGAUCAUGAGGCGUUUCAGCUGUAAUGGCGACGUAGAUCAAGCCUGGCAGUACGUCCUCCAGAGCGAUGGCGUGCAGCAGACCAACUACCUGGCCCAACACUACUGUCAGGAAGCCAUCAGACAAAUAAGUAUGCUCAGGCCGUCCCCAGAGCGAGACGCCCUCAUCAGGCUCACAGAGAUGGUGCUCACCAGAGACAGGUGAACCUCCUCUGCCGGACUUCACUUCAGGCAGCUACCUCACCUCACACCUGUGUGUCUGCACAGCUCGGGGUCAAGAUGACGACAGUGAAUGUAGCAAUGAGAGCUCAGUUCAAAAAGUCCCCAGGUGCUGUUUUUGUGCCAGUUAAUAAGGUAACAAGCUGAUAAGCCAGAAUCAAGGGAUUAAAAUAGCAUGGAGGGGUUUCUCUGAUGUUUCAUGGCUCUCUCAACCACUCCUAGCACAUACAUGACUGAGCCACUCAAUAAGAUACUUCUUAUUUUAUUGCAAAUCCUUGUGAUUUAAAUUUCCUAUAUGGAAUCCCAGUGAUCAUUUUGGAAAUCAUAAAUUAACAGAUUGCACUGACACAUGUAACCCACUUGUACCCUCCUUUGCCUCAGACUGAGUGACUGCAGUUUGGUACAUGCUACUCCUGAGCUGUGCAGCAGUGUAUAUUACAUGAGAUACAAGUGUGUGUCUAGAUCUGUGUUAGAGGAUAAGGUCAAGUAUUUUCUAUAGUGACAGUAUUUUCAACAGUCCCCAUGCAGAGGCUAAAACCAACAGUGAACUGCCUCAACUCACAGUUGGUAUCUUUGUGUCACAGACCUCCACUGUCAUUCAAAAGCACAAACAUCAGAGAAACUCACCAGUGCGCUGGUUGGCAUAUUUCCUUAUUUCUAAACACCGGACCCUGAUAUUUGUUAAGAAUUUUCAGAGAUCGUGUGCUUGAGCCUUGAUUCAGAUGCUGUAAACAGUUCAGGGCUUUUGGAGCAACAUUUUAAAACGGCAGCAGGGUCUAGUGUGUCUUACUGAGGAAACGCCACCCAGUGCAGCAGUUUCAUUUUUGUUUUUAAUCGAACAACAACAACAGAGGUCUGUGGCACAGACAAAAAGGUGAAUCCAGGCUGGAGACUGACAAACAUUAACUGCGAGUAGAUGCAGUCCGUUGGUUUUCGUCGCUGUACAGGGAGAAAAUUGACAACCUUGUCCUUUAAAGUCUUUGUCUACACCUCAAAGGCCAAACAAUUGUCCUGUGAAAUGUCGAGAUUACAUCUAUACUGUAAAGUGUCCUGUAACAAUCAAGGCCUUGACAACAAGUACUGUGCACUCAAUAAACAAAGGUUUCUUUUUAUAUUUAAUACACCUUUGCUGCUUUGUGAUUAACUCCAGCAACCACACAUGCAUGUUGUACAUAGAAUCGUUUAUUAUAAAAGACUAAUUUUUCACUCAUAUGUACAAAGAGGGCAGACGGGCAGAGAUCUCUACCCAUGAGCUGGACACAUUUUUAGUGGAAAUAAUAUCAAGGCAUGACUGUGGCAAGUAAGUUAACCAUUUGGAAGGACCAGAUUUUCUACAUAAUUUAGUCACAAAUGUAGACAAACACCUUGUGCUUAAGCUAAUAACCACACAAACGGUUACAAUUUUUCAUGUCUUUUUCCCCAAACAAUUCAACCUUAGUUUCAUCGGAAUGUCAAGGUGGUCUUUGGAAAAAACAAAAACAAA